CACCAUCUUCAUUUUCCCAACAGAAAAACCAGAAAAACUUUCUGCAUCACUGCCCAAACACACGAUUCAUAUAUAUAUAAUACAUACAUAUGCACAAAAAGUGAGAGCUUGUUCAAUGGCGAUUCUAGCAACAAUACAAGGUCCCAACCUCUUCUCCAACCUCCCUUCAACCCCUCCUCCAAACGACCCCAUACCCACCUCCCACCGUCCACCACCACCCAUCCCAAUCCCCAAAUACCCACCACCCCUCAAAUCCAAAAAGUCCCCAAACCGCCCUGCAAAACCCCACUCCAACCCCGCCUUCAAAACCCUCCACCGCCGUACAAAUUACUACAAACCCGUCAAAGACGGAGUCAUCUCGGCCGACGGUGACCGCUCCGUCAUCGUCGGCGAAUCCGGCGUCUCCUACCUCCUCCCCGGAGCUCCAUUCGAGUUCCAAUUCAGCUACUCCGAGACUCCCAAGGCCAAGCCACUCGGAAUCCGGGAGCCGGCGUUCUUGCCCUUUGCGCCACCCACGAUGCCAAGGCCGUGGACGGGGAAGGCGCCGAUGAAGAAGUCUAAUAAGAAGAUUCAUCUGUUCGAUUCCUCCGACUCCCCGCCAUUGGGGACUAGUGGAGUGAAGCGUUUGGAAAUGCUGAGGCCGUUUCAACUCGGGAAGUUUCCGGCGGAGGUGAAACCGAGGAAUGAGGUGCUUGGUAGGCCAUUAACACGAGCAGAGAUUAGAGUGCUUAUUAAGCCUUACUUGUCUAGUAAUCGCCAGGUCAAUCUGGGUAGGGAUGGAUUGACACAUAACAUGUUAGAAUUGGUACAUUCACAUUGGAGGAGGCAACCCAUAUGUAAAGUUCGAUGCUUGGGCGUUCCCACUGUAGAUAUGGAGAAUGUUUGCCGUUGUCUUGAGGAAAAGACUGGUGGAAAGGUCAUUCGUCGGCUUGGUGGCGUGGUUUAUCUUUUCCGUGGCAGAAACUAUGAUCAUCGCACUCGUCCGCAGUUACCUGUGAUGCUCUGGAAACCGGCUACACCAGUUUAUCCCAAACUUAUACAAGAAGCUCCAGAAGGGUUGACAAAAGCUGAAGCUGAUGAGUUACGGAAGAAAGGGGAAAAUCUUCUUCCAAUUUGUAAAUUAGCAAAAAAUGGUGUGUAUGUUUUCUUAGUGAGAGAUGUGAGGCAUGCCUUUGAAGGAAGUCCAUUAGUGAAGAUCGACUGCAAGGGGAUGCAUGCGAGUGAUUACAAAAAAAUAGGUGCUAAGUUGAAGGAAUUAGUCCCUUGCGUGCUAUUGUCUUUUGAUGAGGAACAGAUAUUGAUGUGGAGAGGACAAGAUUGGAAAUCAAUGUAUCAAGAAGCUCCUCCAGCUUUUCGUGGUGAUAGUGAUGCUGGUAAUGGUGUCAAUUGCUCAGGAAACCAAAAUGCUGAUUUUCAAAAACCGGACACUAAAACAGUGAGUUCAAGCCCCAAAAUGAUGUCCUUGUGGACAUGUGCAAUUGAGUCAAGCAAGGCAUUGUUGCUGGAUGAGAUCAACCUUGGUCCUGAUGCUCUAUUGGAGAAAGUGGAGGUAUUUGAGGGCAUGUCACAGGCCACGGAGCACUCCUAUCCAGCUUUUGUUUUGUCAAGCGAAGAUGGUUCUGGUAGUUCAAGGUCAGAGUACGAAAACGGUCCUUACAGUGAGGAUUAUGGUGAAGAUGAGACCUAUAGUGAUGAUGAUGAUGAUGAUGAUGAUGAUGAUGAUUAUAUUGAUGAUUCUGCAGCUUCUCCAGGAUCAUUAGCUGUGGAUUUGAUAGCAACACGGCUGAGUGAGAAUGAAAGGUGAAUGAAUAUCUGCAGUUGGUCUUCCAGUUAGUUUGCAAUGUAUUGGCUCCUGAUUUCACCAAAUUAUGUGCCAUAGAUCAAGUUCAAUUCUAAUCUAAAGCUCAGCAAAUCAGUGGGGUAGAUAUGGGAACUAUAAAAUGUAAAUUUAUGUGAGUAGAUGAUCAAUGUAAGAGCAAUGAUGCAGAAUCAAUUGAAAUUAUAAAUUAUAGUAAUUUUUUUUUUCUUUUUCCACUCA